CCUCCCGUUCGUUUCUGCCACCCCCAGACUGCAGCAUUCUCUCGCCCCCUCCAUGGCGGCAAUGGCGGCUGUGAGAAGCGCUCUCCUGAGUCACUUGAGGGUGAGAGUGGAAUCCCCGACGGCGCCGGCGGUGGCCCUCUCGUUCGUUCAUAUUUUCCGCCGCCGAUUCUCCAACGAGGUGAUGGGCUCCUUCCUCGACAAGUCUGAGGUUGCCGAUCGGAUCACCACCGUCGUCAAGAAUUUCCAGAAGGUCGACCCCUCCAAGGUCACACCAAAUGCUCAUUUUCAGAAGGACCUUGGUCUUGACAGUUUGGACACUGUAGAGAUUGUGAUGGCUCUGGAGGAGGAAUUUGGGUUUGAGAUUCCUGAUAACGAAGCAGACAAGAUUGACUCAAUAAAUGUUGCUGUAGACUUCAUUGCCUCGCACCCUCAAGCAAAAUGAUACGCCAGCCCAUGGCAAUGUGUAUUGAUCUCUUUGCUUUUUUGUAUGACCUGCAUCAGGAAGUUUUUUGUCUUGAUGACUCCAUUUACUUUGGAAAUUUAAGUUCCAUCACAUAGUUACAAGCUUUAUAAAUGUCGAUGGUUGUGUCAUAAUUUUGUUAAUUCCCCCUUUAACCUAUUUGAAGGUGCUUUUGUGAUCUUUAUUGCUCUCAAGGUGGAAUAAUUUGGUAUUUUAUACAUAUUCUAAAGCAGGCAUUUUCUACCAGUCUCUGAUUGUGUGAAUAAUUUUCUAUUCUGUUCUUCCACAGUGGGUAUUUGGCCAAGUCCUGAAUGGGUUCUUUGAGGUUGGCUUUGGAUUAUGUUACCUUGACCACAUUCUUAAAUGCAAGUAUCUUGUUAGACAUAGUGCAAUUGACAUGCCAAGUCUUUGAUCUGGCAAUUUCUAUGUUACAUAGAUAUAACAUAGCUCAUCUGGGAUCAUGAUAACAGAUUAGGUAUCCUGCUCAGUUAUGGAUUUGUAUCUGGGCACAUUUCCAAAUAAAAUCUAUAUAUUCUUCUAAACAAAGUUUUCCAUAUUUCUCUCUCUAAAUUGAAGUUUAGCCAUGGAAACUGAAUUACUAAUUGGCAUCAAUAAUUCAUAGUGACUAUAUCGAUGCUCGAGGCAUCAUGAUUCAAGAAUCUUCACUAGAUGAUUACCAGGAUCAUAAAAUAUGACUUUUAACUCAAAAAUUAAAGCACAAACGUUGAUUCUUAUUGUUGUUGCAAUUGAUCAAACUUGAUACGAUCAUAGUGGAUGAUGAUGAGUCGAAGCAAAGGGGUUGUGGCCAACCCCAUUUGCUAGCUUGCUCGGCUUGCACAAGUUUGGCUUGUAGUCAUACCGGGGGCGGGGGUGGGGAAGCAACGAUCGCAACCACAUGGUCACGAGCCGCUACAAACAACGCCGGUCGGCAAAAUAUGGUACUGUGUGUGGCUCCAAACUCUGUGCUGUACUCCCUCCUCCCCACUCCACCCUAACCCCAAUGGCUUCCCCAUUCACUUCACCUUGGGAUUCAAGUACCAAAAACCUCCAUAUGGCGAGAGGAAGAGGACACGAGCAGCAUCUUCCCAAGCAGAGGAAGAUUCCAAGGUUCACGAGAGGAUUUGAGACACAGAGUGUGCAUGUCCUCUGCUUACAUGUUUUCACAGGUCAUGUACAAGGGAGGAAAGCUAUGGAGUGUAGAUUGGAGGCAUGUGAAGCUUUCAUGUGAGGGCUUCCCCCACUUGCUCCGGCUGCUGCUGCUGCUCCUCCACAUGGACGAUGAGACCCUGUGGCUGGUGAUCUCUUGGAGUGUUCUGAAGUACCACUUGUCUUUUUGUCUUGGGUUUGGGUUUUCCUGAUUCACUGAUGAUGAAUUGUGUCUCAUUCUAAACCGGAGAGCAUUUACUCUCUCUCUCUCUCUCUCUCUCUCUCUCUUUCUCUGUAUGACAUACAUUGAUUCCUCACUUGUUUGAUGCAGAUGGUCUGUGAACUGGAGUUCUGAUACAAGCCAGGAAGAUACUAAACCUUGGCCUGGCACACUUCAUCAUAUGAAGGACUUAAUUACAGCAGAUUUGGAAUUGUGGGAUCGGAAACAAAGAUCAGAAAACACAAUCUAAUAGGGAGUCCAUUCAUUCAUCAAAAAGAGUGAAUCGAAGGGAACAGACAGUGACAAGAACAAGAAAGAAUGAAGAGUGACAUGGCCACAAUUUGCAUUUCACAUGGGAAUAGGGACUGACUGCCAUGAUGGCCACAAGACAAAAACACAUUUAACUCGAUCAUCUCAAAUUUGAUUGUCUCUGCUUGUUAAUUAUAUACAGCCAGGUCCAACAGCCUAUAUAAGCCAGCCCCAACUUCCAACUCCUGCAACCUGAAGGAGGAGGCUACCUUAUCACUUUCCCUUGUCAUCUCUACUAGCUUGUAGCCAUGACAGUGGAAAACAGAGUGGCCAUUCUUCUAUGCAUGGUGGUGCUGCAUUGUUUGGUCAUCCAAGCCCAGUAGUUUACAGGUGGUGACGCGAAGGUUCUUAUUGGUGGUGCAGGGUAGGAUUUCUCUGGCUCCCACUGCCCAACCGGGAAAUCCUCUCGGCCCAACUCCUCAGCCGAUCAAAUUCCCCAUGCCUUGAACUGAUUGCAGUAUGGAGCCACACCAGGGAGCCUCCAACCUCAAGAAUGCUCGGGCCGCUGCGCCGGUCGGUGCUCCGCCACCGCCUACAAGAAGCCCUGCAUGUUCUUCUGCCAGAAGUGCUGCGCCAAGUGCCUCUGCGUGCCGCCCGGGACGUAUGGCAACAAGCAAGUCUGCCCCUGCUACAACAACUGGAAGACGAAGAGAGGCGGUCCCAAGUGCCCCUGAGAUGACAUAUGCCCGAAUGCUGUGCACCCACUGCUUCUGAGUCUGUAUGUGCUUUGCAUGCCUCCGUGGGUAAUAAAGGUGGCUUUGAGA